AUCAACACCACUCGCCCGUUUACGCAGUGCGAGCAGUGGAGUGCUUAAAACAUGUUUUAAGUCUACGCGUUAUAUGUAACAUUCUACAAGUCCGGGUUAGACGCAGACCUCCACGAUGUCCGCGGUGGGGAAAAAGGGAAGCGCGAUAUUCUCUGGAUUUAGAGCACUCGGGCUUUACUCCAGCCACCUUCCGCACGUGCUCCGUUUCCAUAAGAAACACCGGGAGUUUUACGUGGUGACGGCGGUCGGUCAGUGUUUCCACACCUACAAUGUUAAGAAACUUGGAAUUGUCGCUGUCAGUAACGCGCUUCCUGAAGACAUCGCCUAUCUCGCCGCUGACAGGAUGCUCGUCUACGCUGCACACGGCAAAGGCGUUUCGGCUUUUGCAAAGAACACUGAGGUCGUUCACACUUACGAAGGCCACCAAGCUGAUGUCCAUCUACUGCUUCCAUUUGGAGACCAUUUGAUAUCUGUGGACAAGAACAAUGCUGUCAUUAUCUGGGACGUCGAGUCAGAAGAAGUGUACUUGGAGAUCUCCUUUGACAAGUCCACUUUUGAAGUCCGGGCCGUUAUGCACCCGAGCACUUACCUGAAUAAGAUCUUGUUUGGGAGCAGUCAGGGGACUCUUCAGUUAUGGAACGUCAAAUCAAACAAACUUCUGUUCACGUUUCCUGGUUGGGGAUCGGCAGUGACCGUUCUUCAGCAGACUCCAGCAGUGGACGUGGUGGGUGUGGGCUUGGCAUCAGGACAGAUCGUCAUCCACAACAUCAAAUUUGACGAAACUCUGAUGAAGUUUCAGCAAGAUUGGGGUCCGAUCACCGCCUUGUCCUUCAGAACAGAUGGACAUUCAGUAAUGGCUGCUGGGAGUCCUGUCGGACACAUCGGAUUAUGGGAUUUGGAAGAGAAGAAGCUGAUUGGUCAGAUGAGAGACGCACACACCACGGCCAUAGCUGGUCUCACCUUCCUGCACGGAGAACCCUUGCUCCUCACUAACGGAGCUGAUAAUGCCAUCCGGGUGUGGAUUUUUGACGUGGCCGGAGGUGAGGGACGUCUGCUGAGAUUUCGAAUGGGUCACAGUGCCCCGCCCACCAAGAUCAAACACUAUGACCAGACUGGACAACAGAUCCUCAGUGCCAGCCAAGAUGGCUCACUGCAGUCUUUUUCUACUGUUCAUGAAAGGUUCAACAAGAGUCUGGGACAUGGGUCUUUUACCAAGAAGAAAGCCAAAAAGAAAGGGGUGACGUACGACACCGCGAAACUUCCACCCAUCACCACUUUUGCCUCAGAAACGGCACGUCAGGGCGACUGGGACGGCAUUGUGGCCUGCCACCAGGGUUUUGUCCUGACCACGACUUGGAAUUAUCGGAAAGGCUCUAUGGGCGCCCACAGGCUGGAACCGGAUCAUUUCAACAAGAAUCGGGCUCUCAACGUUCACGCUACGGCUGUAGACAUCACUUCUUGCGGGAACUUUGCUGUGAUUGCGUUGUCUUCGGGACACAUAGACGCUUAUAACAUGCAGUCAGGACUUCACAGAGGACAGUACGGCCAAGAUCGAGCACACUCAGGGCCGGUCCGUGGCGUCUCCGUGGACGCGCUGAACCAGGUGAUGGUGAGCGCCGGAGCAGAUCGUCUGCUGAAGGUGUGGAAGUUCAAAUCGAAAGAACUGUUGAACACACACAGCCUGCAAGCGGCGCCGGCUUCAACACUUUUGCACAGAGACAGUGGGAUGCUGGCCAUCGCUCUCGAUGACUUCACGAUCAGUAUCUUCGACGUGGAGAUGAAGCGGAUCGUGCGUCACUUCUCUGGCCAGCGUGGGCAGAUUAAUGAUAUGACUUUCAGCCCAGAUGGACGAUGGUUGAUAACAGCCUCCAUGGACUGUACCAUUAGGACGUGGGACCUUCCAUCCGGCAGUUUGGUCGACUGUUUCCUGGUAGACACGGCAGCCGUGAGCGUCAGCUUCUCUCCUACAGGGAAUGUCCUAGCCUCUGCCCACGUGGACAGUCUGGGGAUUUAUCUCUGGUCUAACACCACAUUGUGUAGCUUGGUGUCACUGCGCCCUCUACCUACAGACUAUGAACCUACAGUGGUCAUGCUACCUGCCACCUGCCCGAGCAAAGACGACGAAGAUGAGGUCUUGGAAGACCAGAGCUCGGAAAUGGAUGAGUAUGUGUCUCCUGCGCAGCUGGACGAGCAGCUAGUCACUCUCUCUCUGCUGCCGGAUUCACGCUGGAAGAAUCUUCUCCAUCUGGACAUCAUUAAGAAAAGAAACAAGCCGAAAGAGCCUCCUAAAGUGCCCAAAGCCGCACCCUUUUUUAUCCCCACUGUUCCUGGACUUGUGCCGCAGUUCGCUCUUCCUGAAAAGUCAUCAGAAGAGCAGUCCAAGGUCUUCAACUUUGGAGUUCUGGCCCAAAAAUCUCCUUUCUACGUCCUGCUCGAAGAAGCACUAGACAGCAAUCUCUACGAGGCGGCAGUGAGGCACCUGAAGGAGUUGGGCCCUGCUGCUAUUGACACAGAGCUGCGAAGCUUGGCACCGGACAUGGGUGGGAGCCUUAGUGUCAUGCAGAGCUUCCUCAGGAUGAUCAGCAGCAUGCUGCGGCUAAAUCAAGACUUCGACUUGGCGCAGGCCUAUCUAGCUCUGUUCCUGAAGCUUCACCUGCGGUUAAUCGCUGAGCAGCCUGUCCUCAUGCAGGAGACGGAAAAUGUGCUCAAGCUGUUAGAGAGGACGUGGACCACCAUACAGACGCUCCUCAACCAGAACAUUUGUCUCCUGUCUUACAUCAAAAGUGCUCUGCUCUAGAAACCUCUUUCCAGAUUUGCCUUCAAACUUUUUUUUUUAAAUAGUGCUAAUAAUAAUAUUACUUUCAAUUAUUGUUUUAUUACAUUUGUUUCAUAUGAAUAC